UUCUAGUACUACAAUAACACAAAUCUACUUCCAACCAACAAUCUGUCGAAAUGGAAGACUAGAACAUAUCUUUUUUAUAGUUCAUAUGUCAUAAGAAUUUAUAUAUUUUUGAAUUUUCAUCGCCGCAGAUUUACCAUUCGUGUCGUUUGGCCGAACAGCUUGGAUGACUGCACGGCCCUUUAGAGCUCCUCAAAACAGACCAUUUUUCGAGUCUGCCGUCGAUGGAUUUCAUUUUCCGCUGCAAUCCGAAGAGGACGUUGAUCGGUUGGAACAAAGUUCACGUAUGAACCAAGAAGUACGGGAUCAAUACGUGUCACUCCUACGGGAAGCGAAACCUCCCAACCAUGAUGCGGCGAGUAUUUUUGCAAGCCUUUUUUCGGAUGAGGCCUUGCUGGGAUACAAUUAUUACGGCAAAACGAAUCGAGCCAAAAAGAAAAAGGCCAUGCGUAAAUAUAUAAUAUUUACCGACUGUAUGAUCGAAGCGUGGCAUUCACAUGGAGUCACCCAUGAAAACCUGAGGCUUGCUAUUGUGAAGGUGAUUGCCAGACUGAAUCACAAGCUUCGCAGCCGUGGGUAUCGGAGGAAGAAUCCCAUCCACAAAACGCAGGAUGCUGAGGACGACGAUGAAGAAGUUUAUGAUUCGCCGUGAGGAGUCGGACAGAUUUCGCGCUCGUGAAUUAAAAUUUCAAAUUUCAUGUGUAAUAUUUUCGGAAACCUGUCAUCCAUUUUGAUUAUGCCUCGUUGUAUAAUACACUACACUAAAAAUAUAAUCAUUCAUUCAGAAAAAACGGGUUUUGAAGAAAAUAAUUCGUACAAUUAUUGUAAAAUAAUAAUUAAUCUGGACUAUUUUUCUUGCUCUCCUAUUCAUUUCAGCAUUCCAGUGUUGUACGUGUGCAAAACGUGUUUCAUGGCGGAACGUCGUUCAGUGGCAUAUGCUGGAUCAGUUGCAGUUCGUAACGAAUCGCAAUGGAAAUCUAAAUCUGGUCUAUGAAGGUUACGAGUAUCUAAAAAGACGUGUGAGUGGGCUGUCAACCAUGUGGGAAUGUAAUAAGAAGAAAACUUGCAAGGCACGAGCCGUAACCCGCAACGACACCCAGAUCAGAAUGGGUCCAAUGCCACACAAUCAUCCGCGUCCAGAGAUUAGACGUGAAUUAUUGAUAACAUAUCCUGUUCCAAUGUCAUCAGUGUCAUCGACGGUAGCGAUCAAGAAAGAACCCUUGGAAAUUGAUAUUAAUUCAAUAACCUGAACGCACCUAUGCCUUUAGCUACGUACUGUGUGAUGCUUUGUGUGACAACUAUUCUUUUUCGAAUGUAAAGAAAAUAAGCAAAAGGCAUUGUAAAUUCUAGUACUUCAUUUUAUUUAUAGCGCUGUUAAGCCUUCCAGUGUACGUGUGUAAAACGUGUCCCGAAGUGGAGUGCCGCACAGUGGCACAUGCUCGAUCAGUUCCAGUACGUGAAAAAUCGCAAAGGAAAUCUAAAUUUGGUCUAUGACGGUUACCAGUACCUGAAAAGGCGCGUUUCUGAGCUUUCAAUUAUGUGGGAAUGUAACAAGAAGAAAACCUGCAAAGCACGGGCCGUAACCCGCAACGGAAAUCAGAUCAGAAUGGGUCUGUUUCCACACAACCAUCCGCGGUCAAAGUUGAAACGUACAUCGUUAGUAACAGAACAGGUUUCGCAGCCGUCACCGGUGGCGAUCAAGAAGGAACCAUUGGAUAUUUGAAUAUUGUAUUGCAAAUUGUAUAUUUGAAUAUUUUCCAAAGAGACUAUCUCUGUUUGAAUUUCGGUAUAGUCAUACUAUGAUCAAAUGUGACAAUUAUUCGAUGUUGUUUCCAUGUUGAAUAAAAUAUAAAAAGCACUCUGAAUUCUAGUACUUCAUUCCAUUUACGGUGUUGAAAAUUAUUACAAGAAUUCGAUCAAUAAUUUGGUAUUCUUUUAAACACUUUCCAAUGCUUACCAUUCACAUUAGCGAUCGAUCUUUCUCUAACCUGAUGUUCAGCAACUCGAUAUGUUCUCCAACUCUAUAUAAAUGAUUUCAUAUUUUUUCUCUAACUAGUAAUCAAUUUCUACUCGAUGGUCCCACCAAAAUCGAUUUAAAGAGAGUAGCGAGCUUGUAGAAUUUUCUGUUUUAUAGGUUUUGUGGACGUUUAUUCCAUCAGUUGAUUAUUUCUCGUGUAAUUACAAACUAAUUAUUGAUCCAUAUUUCACAGAAAAAAGUAAAACUAAUCAAUUAAGCUUUUGACGAGUAUUUCAACAAUUCUAUGACGAAACAGUGCGAAACUAACAUCACAUUAUGUUUACAUUCGAAUUCAGGUUCUUAUGCGAAUGCCUUCUUCGGUAAAAAUACACAUGGCCAUCUGAUGCUGUGGCAUGGCAGCUAUGGGUACUUCCGUGAGAAGCAGAAGAAUAACACUACCAACUGGAAGUGCUGCAACUACACCCGGUUCCGCUGCAAGGCUCGAGCGGUGACGAAACAAAUCGGUGAUCAGCACUUCAUUCGCAUAACUUGCGACGAUCAUAGCCAUCCACCGGAAGCCUGUGACAGCAGGCCGGCUAAACAUUUUUACUCGAUGACAUCCGUUGUGCACUGCCACGGAAUGUGGUAGGGGAUUGUGCAAUCGCAAUAUAGCGGGUCUAAUUUAUAGCGAAUUACAAUUGAAUUUGAGUAAACAUUUUGCGACAAAGGAAGGCAAAAUUAAAA